AGUAUAUAAAAACUGAUAGACUAUUUUACUUAAAGACAAUGUGAAUAUUCUGUGAUUGAAGAAAGAACAGUUGAAAUGGAUGUGUUGAGAUAUUUGUCGGUGUUAGUGAUAUUCUUUGUGGAGGGAGAGGCAGGAGGCCACGGAGGAAAACACCAUGUCAAUUUGAAAAUACAUCUUCCGGAGUUCAUACACCAUGAUCACCAUAAAAAAGUAAUAACGAUUCAUCAUCAUCACCACAAACCAAAGAAGGAGCAUCAUCAUCACCACCACCAUCAUAAGCCACAUAUCCCACACGGUCAUCAUUACCACCAUCAUCACAAAAAAACUUCGACGCAUUCAGUAUCUAAAGGGCAUUCUAGUGGACAUGGUCAUCACGGUCACCAGGGACAUCACGGUCACGGCGUAAAGCAUGACUAUCCCUCCAUCAACUACCAACCUCCAGUGGUAAAUUAUGAUCCACCAACUAUUCAGUACGAAUCACCAACUGUAAAUUACCAACCACCAGCUGUAAAUUACCAACCACCAGCUGUAAAUUACGAACCACCAGCUGUAAAUUACGAACCGCCAUCCACGAAUUUUGAGUACACUCCAACAUACAACCAUGAUGUUCCUUCUCUUACAUCCGGUCAGAACAUUCCGCAAGUUCGGGGCGUUGUCCACACAAUCAAGCAAGUGAAAGUAUUUGAUUCACUGCCAGGUGCCAUACCAGGUGCUGGUCCGAACACAGGUCACGGCUACCAAGUAACAGAAGAGGGGAACGAUGAUGAAGAUGAUGUUUUUACAGCUGUUAAUACAUUGCCUCAAACAUUUUCUGGUACAUAUGGUUUUAUAAGAAAUGCAGCUGCAGCACCUCAGCAUGAUUUCACAGACCUCCCCCACCAAGGUAGCCAGAAUUCUAAUAAUCAUGACCCUUUUGCUGCAUCAAUUGUACCAACAGCAUUUUCAAAUUUAGAAACAUUUACAAACAAUGAUGUUAAGGAACCAAGUGCACCUGAAGAAUUCUCAGGACAUAUAGAGGGUACGAAUGGUUUCGAUGACGUGGCAAAUGUUAUCAUCGGAAGCGAUAUGGGGAGUAGGGCUCUGUUGGCAACAUCUGGUGGCUUAAAUGAUGAAACACCAGUUUCUUUUUCAAGAGUCGCAGGGUUCCAGGAGUCUGUGAAGACUGGGGGUCUUGAAACAGUAGAAUAUUAGGUAAAAUUUGGAGUUAAAUCAUCUUUAGUUUAGUUCUAAGCAUUUAUACUAAGUAUGAGUUCUAAUAAUAUAGACAAAGGGACGAAAUGACAAUAAAAAUAAAUGACAAAGAUUAGAUAGAUUAAAUAUUUAACCAUUGUAUAGGAUAAGUUGUUUUUGUUUGGUGUUAUUAGUGAUAAAUUAAACUGAUAAAAUAUUA